AGUGCUUUCAGAGACAAAGGUAGAUGCCACCAAGCUGGGCAGGUAUAUAAGUAUAUCUUUUUGAAAAAUACAGGAUUUUUAUGCAGCAGGAGUCCGCAUUGCAGACCCUACCAAGAUGUUUAAGCCAUGUGGACUCCACUUCUUGUGUCUUCUUGUUAUUCACAAGAUUGUUUGCCAAGAUCUAAGUGGACCUUUGCAGGACAGUAUUUUAAUUGUUCAAGAAAGAAACAAACCAGGACCGCUAUAUUUAUACCGGUUUACAUUUGAGCCUCCUGUUGCCAGUUUGAGACUGACCGGUCAACAAGAAGGCAUCAUAGACAUUUUGCCAAGGGAGGGAAUUCUGUAUGUGAAUGGGUCUUUAGACUGGGAAACGAAAAAUGUUUACAAGUUACAGGUAGAAGGUCUGGAUGCAAAAAAUGUGAGAGUGAAAGGCCCAUAUUCCAUCACUAUUAAUGUUGAAGAUAUUAAUGACAACCCACCCCAAUUUGAUCAGGAAAAAUACUAUGGAAUAGUAAGACAAAACUCCCGUCCAGGAAAGCCCUUCAUGUAUGUCAGUGCUCAUGAUCGCGAUGACCCCAGCACCCCACAUGGACAGCUGGUCUACAGCAUUCAGCAUCAUUUCCCUAACCCUUACCCUGAGAUGCUUUUUCAGAUUGAUAAUAUCACAGGAGCAAUUUCUACAAGCCCCACGGGAGCUCGUAAACUAAAUCCCCAGGAAGUGGAUUCGUUUCUCCUCGACAUUUCAGUGCAGGAUAUGGCAGGACAGUCUAUAAAUUAUUUCAAGACUAAUGUUGAUGUUAAUGUCACGGUGAUGGAAAAUCUUUGGAAGGCACCUGCUCCAGUAAAGAUCGCAGAGAAUGGACCAUAUCCUGCCAUCAUUGCUCAGGUGCGGUGGAACGAGGCAGGUGCAAAGUAUGAAAUUGUUCAGAGAGAGAAACCUGCUAUUGAACUCCCAUUUACAGUGGACCAAGAUGGAAGCAUUUAUGUGAUUAAACCACUGGACAGAGAAGAAAAAGCCUUUUAUUCAUUCCAUGUAGCUGCAAAGGAUGAAGAUGGAGAGUUCCUGGCCGUCCCAAUAACUGUUAGUGUCACAGUGCUAGAUAUUAAUGAUAACCCUCCUGUUUGUGACGAAGUGCUGACUAAAUUUGAAGUUCAGGAGAAUGAACGUGUAGGGAAUGAUAUAGGAAUUCUGAAGGCUUCCGAUCGAGAUGAAGAAGGAACACUCAACUCUCGCUUGAAGUACAACAUAGUAGAACAGAGCCCUCAGAUCCCUUCACGGAGCAUGUUCCGCAUUGACAUGGAAAGUGGAAAAUUCCAGUUAUUUAGUUCUGAAUUAAAUAGACGGGUGGCUUCUAAUUAUUCUGUGAAGGUAGAAGUGGCAGAUCCAGCAUUCAAAACUCUGUGCAGAGUGGAAAUACAUGUUAUUGAUAUCAAUGAUCAGAUCCCUCUGUUUGAGAAAUCAGAUUAUGGCUCUCUUACUUUGCCAGAAGACAAACCAGUUGGAACUGUACUGUUGGAAAUCCAAGCUACAGAUGCUGAUGAGCCAUUCACUGGAAGCUCUCAAAUCAUAUACACAUUCACAAAAGGAGAUCCAAACAAUACUUUUGCAAUAGAGACUGACCCCAAAACAAACAAAGGAUAUGUUAGAAUUAAUAAGGUACUUGAUUUUGAAACUUUACCAGUGUAUAACCUUACAAUCAGUGCCACGAACCCUGAGCCUUUGGUGGAUGGAGUACAAUAUAAUUCAAGUUCUGUUGCCUACUGGAUAGUUAACUUAGUGGAUGUGAAGGAAGCACCAGUUUUCCAGAAAGCCCCCUACAUGGUUGCUGUACUUGAAAGUGCUCCUGUUGGUUCUGAGGUGGUGAUUCCAUCAGCCUUUGAUCCUGAAGGAGACCGGAUCAGGUACUCACUGAGAAAUGACCACAGGAAUUGGCUGAGGAUUGACCCUUCAAAUGGCAUUGUAUAUGUAGCUGCUUCAAUGGAUCGGGAAAAGGAACAUACCUACAUGGUACAAAUAGUUGCAAGUGAGGAAACUAGAGAGUCCCGGAGCUCCACAGGACAAGUAAUCAUACGCAUCCUGGAUGUGAAUGACAACCCACCAGCAUUACCAGAAGACUUUUCUUUGUUCUUCUGCCAUCCACUCCAAGGAAAUGAGGAGGGAAAGAUGAUCCAAGUUGUUGAUCCUGAUGAACAUUCACAUUAUCAAAGGUUCACUUAUGCUCUUCUGGGUGGGAGCACAAUGCAAAAUGACUGGAAUCUUUCAAAAGUGGAAGGAAAACAUGCAUACAUCUCCCCAAAGAACAGAAAUCUUGAAUCCAAAGUGUAUGAAAUACCAAUACAAAUUAAUGACAAUGGAAAUCCACCUUUGGCUGGACAUGUUAUGCUGAAAGUAAACAUGUGCCAAUGUGGAGAUGAUGGGUCAUGCUUCCGAGAAGUCCCAGGGAACCCGACUGGAGAUGUAGCAUUGGCAGUUGGCCUCCUGGUUGGUGUACUGGUAGUUGUUGGUAUCAUUUUAGGAGUUGUAUUUUGGCACCUGAAACGCAAGAAGGAGAACAUGCUCAAAGCCAACCCAGUGACUGCCCAGAACCCAUCAGAAAUAGCAACCUUGACAUAAUUGUUUCACUAAAGGGACAGUAAGCAUAUUUUUUGCUAGUUGGUUGGAAUCAUUGUCCUUGCAGAAAUAUCUAUGACUCAGGUGGAUGCAAACUUCCCUUUUUUGUUUCCCCUGUUCCUUUAGGCAUAGAAGCAAACUUGUAUUGAGGGCACAGGGCAGGCAACUCCCAAGAGAUUUAUGUGCCAGACACAAAAUUGGAAUGAUGGUUCCCAUGGCUGUAAACAAAACAAUAAGUCGCCAUUGUCUUGACUUUUCAUGGUCCCUCAAGAUCUGCUUGUCUACCCUGUCCAAUGAUAAAACCAGACUCUGCAGCAAAUGCAAAGUUUGAGAUUCAUCAUUUUAAAUUCAUUCCCAUUGGGGGAAAAGGUUAUCUGUUUGUAUUUUGGAGCAGAAGAGAGGCUAGAGUGGAACAGAGUCAAACAGGCAUUCUCUGCUGUUGGGGGGCGGGUUGAGUUGGGGGAGAAGAAGAAUCAGAACUCUUAUUUGAUUGUGUUUUCACUGUUUUGCAAAGAAUUAGUAUUCAUCUGUUAGAGUCUAAAUAUGGGCCUGGGGCAUUAAAUAUCUAGAGUACCUUUUGCUUCUGGAAGCUCCAAUUGAAUCAAGGCAGAAAAUGGAACCUACAAUAUUUGUUUAUAAAUAUUUGAUGUCAAUUAGAUAUGUAAAGUCUCAGGAAUUAAUUGCAAAUCACAUGACGAGUCCCUUAAACAUAUUCUUUGAGUGUGUCCAGUCAUUUUUCUUUCUGAGAAGUUAUUACCAUAUCAGUUUUGUAUUAGAACGUUCUGUGAUUUUUGAGGAUGCUUAUAUACUCUUAAAUUAUCUGCCCAUUUCAUGGAGGCUAAGCCUUGGUUAAUGGAAACAAACCCUCUAUGCCCUUACUAUAGUUUCAUAUUAUGACAAUGGAAAGAUAAAAGCCCACCUCUGGUAAAUCAAUGGAUUGAACACUAUCAAUAUUUGUAUGUAUGGCAUCUAGACGGCAAUUUUGUAUGGACUUGUUUUUAGAUAACUUGAAACCAUCUACCUAUGUUUAGCUCCAUCAGCACUGUUGUUAUAGUUUUGUCUCUGUUUUAUGUAUAUCCUUUUUACUUUCUUCUUUUUAACUUUUUGUUGCUAGAUUUCAAGUUUUUUCUUUUGU